AUGUUAUUAGAAAUCAAAAAUUUCUAAUUUAUUCCUUAAUCAUUAAUAAUCUCACUCAACAAUGCUUUAACAAUCAAAGUUCUCAAAAUCUAAUCAAAUAGUCAGAUUUAUUGUUAAGAAAGAUAUUUUAUUUUAUCAAUUUCAUAAUCUGAUCAAUAAUAAGAUGAAGAAGAAUUAGAAACACCUCCUCUUUAUGAAAAUCAAACAUUUAUCUAUGAAUUUACAAAAGUAGGUAAUUAUGUAAUAUAAUGCCUAAAUUCAAUUCCAUUUAAAGCAUAUAUUUCAGUAAUUCAAAAUUAAAAGGAGAUAUCUGUAAUCUAAAUGAUGCAAUCAACUAAAAAUAUAGAAUAAAAACCUAUAAAACUAUAACCAAAGAUUGAUUUAUAUGCUCCUGAGAAUAGAAAAUUCAAAAUGUUAGGUAGUCAAGAAACGAACAUGACAUCUACAAUAAUUCUAGAGCAGAUUAAAGAAAAAUGUUUAGGAGAAGAUACAAAUAUUGAUAUAGUAGAUUUAAUAAUGAAUAAUAAAUCCAACAGUAACAUUGAAACAGUGUCUACUUUUAACAGUUCUUUUUAGUAAUCUUAAAAUAUAGUAAAAAUCAAGACUGAUACUUAUUCUGAUUCAGGAAAAUCAGAAUUUAAUACCAUUUUAGAUAGGAAAAGUUCAGAUCCUAUUGUAAGUACUCCUAAAGUUUAAGAUAGAAUCACUUUAAUUAGAUAAAAGCAAUAAUAAUAUUUGAGUGUUUUUGAGAAAAUUCAAUAUGCAAUUUUAGAUUCAAAACAUAUGGAGAUAGAUAUAUUAAAGUAACAAACAGAUUUCAAGAAUACUUAUACUAAAGGAUUGAACAUUAUGAAUUAUUUGGAGAUUGGUAAUCUAAUAAAUUAUAUUUAGAAUAUAUAAUGAACAUCUCGAAAAAAGCUAAUGUAAAUAAUGAAAUACAAAAUUGA